AUGGCUACUAAUUCUCAGUGUUUUUGGGGCCUAUACCUUGCACUUUCACUUUAUUUUAUUCACUCAAGUUCCACACCUCAUGUGUAUAUAGUUUAUUUGGGGAACAGCCAUAAUGUUCAUGAUCCUCAUCUCGCUUCCAAACAUCAUCUUCAACUCCUUUCCAAAGUUUUUGCAAGUGAAGAAGAUGUUCGGCAAUCCAUGCUUUAUAGCUACAAGCACAGUUUCUCAGGGUUUUCAGCAAAGCUCAAUUCAUCUCAAGCAACCACCUUGGCUAAGAUGGAAGAAGUGAUAUCAGUUUUUAGAAGCAAGACACUGAGGUUGCACACAACAAGAAGUUGGGACUUCUUGGGACUUACCUUAAGCAGCAGUAGCAGUACUAGUGCUGCAGGGACUCCAUUGCAACUAGCCUAUGGUGAAGACAUUAUUGUUGGGAUAUUUGACACAGGUAUAUGGCCCGAAUCAGAUAGCUUCCGAGAAGAGCCCCGGAUGAGGCCUAUCCCCUCAACUUGGAAGGGAAGGUGUGUUAAAGGAGAAAUGUUUGAGCCAGCAAAAGCAUGCAACAGGAAGCUAAUUGGUGCUCGUUACUACCUCAGAGGUUUUGAAGAAGAAUACGGGCCACUAAACACGAGUGGCAAUCCAGAAUAUCGAUCAGCUAGAGAUUUUCUAGGUCAUGGGACACACACAGCCUCAACAGCAGUGGGUUCAAUAGUGAAAAACAAUGCAAGUUUCUUUGGUUUGGCGCAGGGAACUGCCAGGGGAGGAGCACCAAGGGCUCGUCUAGCAGUGUACAAAGUUUGUUGGGGAAAGGAUUAUGAUGGGAAGUGCUCUGAAGCAGACAUCCUUGCAGGUUUUGAUGAUGCUUUGUAUGAUAGAGUUCAUGUAAUCUCCGCAUCGUUUGGAUCAAAACCGCCAUUGUUACCUCUAUUUGUAUCAGAAGCUGCAAUUGGUUCAUUCCAUGCAAUGCAAUUAGGUGUUACUGUGGUGUUCUCUGCAGGUAAUGAAGGGCCAGAUCCAUCACAGGUCACAAAUGUUGCUCCAUGGGGAAUUUGUGUAGCUGCUUCCUCUGUUGAUAGAAUGUUUCCAACCCGGAUAACCUUGGAUAAUAAGCUCUAUGUCAUGGGAGAAAGCUUUAUCAUCACACCUAUUAAGGGAAAAUUGGCAGAUGCGACCACAUAUUUUGUUAAUGGGGUUUGCAGGCCAGAAAAUUGGAUACAAUCAAAAUUUGCUGUGGGGAGAGUAAUUCUGUGCUUCUCUAGCAUUGGACCCUAUGAAAUUGAUGAGGCAGAAGCAGCUGCCAAGAAAGCUAAUGCAUCAGCUUUGAUCUUUGUGGAAGCUAUGACAAGGCAGGUUGCUGUGGACAUCAUCCCCUCAGUCCAUGUCAACCUUGAGCAGGGGACUAAAAUCAAGCACUAUCUUGCUCAAUCUCCCACGAAACCUGUUGUGCAGAUAGAAUCAAGUAAAACUGUUAUUGGCAAGUCACCAGCCCCUAGAGUUGCAUACUUCUCUUCAAGAGGCCCAAGCUCAAUCACACCUGAUAUUCUCAAGCCAGACAUAAGUGCUCCAGGGGUAAAUAUAUUGGCAGCAUGGCCUCCUCAAACAUCUCCCACUUUGACGCUUGACGAUAAGCGUUCUGUUAGCUGGAAUUUUCAGUCAGGAACAUCAAUGUCAUGCCCUCAUGUCUCUGGAGUCGUUGCCCUUAUCAAAUCUGCACAUCCAACUUGGUCUCCUGCAGCCAUUCGAUCUGCUAUCGUCACCACAGCAUACACAAGGGACACAUCCUUUGACAGCAUUGUAGCAGAUGGAUCUAUGAAAGCUUCUGAUCCCUUAGACUCUGGCGCUGGCCACAUUGACCCCAUCAAAGCAAUGGAUCCAGGGCUCGUUUACGACAUGAAAACCAGCGAUUACAUUCUGUUCCUCUGCAAUAUUGGCUACACUGAAGACCAAAUCAGCCAGAUUGUUCUUUGCCCUUCAGGAACUGACAUAAGCUGUCCACAAGUACUCCAAUCAAAUGUCAACUUAAAUUACCCUUCCAUCACAUUUUCUAAUCUCCAAUCUACUGUGACAAUCAAACGAAAUGUGCGUAAUGUUGGGAAAAACAAGAAUGUCAUUUAUUUUUGUACCAUUUCUGAGCCUGAUGGAGUUGAGGUGGUGAUAUGGCCUAGAGUUUUAAUCUUCUCAUGGUUCAAAGUGGAAAGCACAUAUUAUGUGACCCUCAAACCAAAGAAGGAGUCUCAAGGGAGAUAUGAUUUUGGAGAAAUAGUGUGGUCUGAUGGCCUCCACAAGGUCAGGAGCCCCUUGGUUGUAUCUAUCAAUACCUCCUGUUGUGACUCCUAUGAAUAUAUUCCAUCACCCAGAAAAUCACAAAACGCAAUUUAAGCCCA